AUGGCCGACGAAGCUACCAAGGCAAAGCUCCGAGCCAAGUUCGACAAGCUCACUCCUCAAGAUUUCGCUGCCGUUGCUGGCAACAGAGACGCCCUCACCAAGAAGGUUGCUGAGAUCUACGGCAUCUCCGAGGACGAGGCCAAGAAGCAAACGACUGCAAAACAUUCGGACAGCAGACGGGUGGAGCAUUUGGUGAUAGUCAACAUCCGUGUUCCUGUUACAGAACCUUACCUUCAAGGGCCGGCCAUAGCGGAGGAGUCACAAAAGCUGCGAUUCACACCUUGA